UGAGUCACUAGUUGUUUUUAUUUUCCUUCUUUCACAUCGUGGUCAAUAUGAAUAGUAGUGUGUUGAGACACUAAAAAAGAAUUUAUUUUCUAUCAAACCACUGUUUAGUUAUACCUUGCACAUUAAACGUAUCGCCAUUUUUGUUAGCCAUCUUUCUUCAUCAUAAUCAAGAAGUCUAGCCGGCGAAAGCACAAACAUAGUACUGAUGAUCAUAUAUAGGCGAACCAUCUACGGCGAGCGGCUAUAUGCUUGGAACAGGAAUAUUAUUUGCCCGAACGGUCGAGUAUAUAUAAAGCUAGCUAGCUAGCUAGGAAUUAAGCAACCUUAUUAUCAUCAUCAUCAGAAGAAGAAUGAGUUCCUCAAGCAACCUUAUGAUGAUGAUCGUGAUGGUGGUGACGGUCUUGUUGGUCAUGUCGCCCGGAGUUCCUACGACGUCGGCUGUCGUAAGCGGAAUUUGCGAUGUCCAGUCCUUCCCCGACGGCGAUCAGCGGAUCCUCUGUGUAUCCACUUUGCUCGCUGACUUGAUUGGGCUUUGGGCGUCGAUGGUACAAGUAUGACCCAUGAUCUAUUAUUAGAAUUUGAAGUAUAGUAUCAUACUUCAAAGUUUGGUUAGUUCAAGGUUUAAAAAGCGCAAACUACUCACUUAUAUUAUAUAUAUCCAAAUUCCCUAAGGAUGGAUGCCCAAAAAAAAACCAUAUGUAUACUUUUUCUGGUUUCUUUCCUUCCUUUUUGGUCCAUAAUAAGCAUGGUGUUAUGCGUUGUCAAGGACAUUUUUUGUCUGUUUAUUAUCGUCCUACAAUAAAACUUAUGUAAUGGCCUGCAACCUUAUGAAUAAGAAAAUAAGAUAAGUUUAUCCAAAUGACAAGUGAGCCUCAUGACCGAUUAAUUUGUCUCAUGGAUUCACUGGAAAAAGAAAAACUUAAACUAAAUUCGAAUUAUCCACACACAAUAACUAAUACUAUAUUCGAAUUAUAUUAUCCAAAAAAAAUUAGCACGGUAUUCCAAAAAAAAAAAACUAGGCCAUGCCAGCGUGGGAGGGUUUUUGAGUCAUUGUGGUUGGAACUCCGUGAUUGAGGGAGUUUGUGUUGGAGUGUCGAUGCUACAUGGCCGAUGAUGGCGGAGCAGUCGUUGAAUACUAUGCUAGUCCAACGUGAAUUUUAUUCCUAAUAUAUCACCCAUAAGCUAAAAAAAUUACAGAAAUACCACAUUUCCCCAAAAAUUUCCAUCCAUGGCCAUCGUUUCACAAAGACCGCAGCCCCUCAUGGAGGUUUAAACGAGGACUGUAGAGAGGUGCUGCGAUUUCCGUUCUGUCGCCAACAAACCACGUGGGGUCGUUGUGGUCAGAUUGAUCGUGCGCCACCUCUGCGAUCCGGGCAAAACCGCCGCACUCCCUUGCGCUUUGCCUAUAAAGUUUUUUUUUCUUGAUGAAUGCAUUACCUAGGUUCUAAAAUUUCAAAUAAACAUAACUUUGUGCUCUGUACCAAUCGUAGUUCUGAUGAUUAUACAACUCCCGGGAAUGUAGGUGUUGGGUACUUUAUUUGGAUGGUAUCUACACAAGUACACAUAUCUAAUCCGUUAAAACAUUAGAUGGAAUGCAUGUGUUCCAUCCUAAACAAUCACAUUUUUUUUUAGAUAAAAAGCACAUCUUAUUGCGAUUUCAUAUUGUUGUCGGUGAUUUCAAAAUGUUUUGUUUGAGUUCUAGGAAUUAUGUAAGCUUGUAAAAUCGCCAUCGUAAUUAUCUUCUUUCGCUACUCCUCUCCUCUAAAUAAUAUUUCUUGUUAAACUAUAUGCUUAAAUUUUUUAUUAAACUUAUAAAAUUAAUUUUUUUUAUUAAACAUUAUACCUAAUACAUAUCACAAACGUAUUACAAAUCUAAAAAAACACAUCACAAAUUUAUAAAAACAGACAACUGAUUUCAUAACAUUUUUAUUAAUUAUACUUGCAUUUAAACGCCACACAUUAACCAUUAUAUCUCUCGUAUACUCCUCCUGUUACUUCCUACUAUCUAAGACUAACUCCAACCAUGGAGAGUAAAAGGGAUAUUUGGCCGAACGGUCGAGUAUAUAUAUAGCUAGGAAUUAAACAUUACAAUGACUCAUCAUAUUAGAGAUAUAUACGUACGUAGGAACCUUAUAAUUAUCAUCAGGAAAAUGAGUUAGUUCAUCAUCAGAGAACAGAUAUAAUCAUCAUCAUCAGGUGAUGAUAAUGAUGGUCGUGACGGUGGUGGCCCAUUUUUCUCAUCGGACCAGGGUCAAAGUCAAUAAACCCGGGGGUUGAAAACGUUGCUCUUAACCAAAAUCGACUUCUAAAUCUAACUCCAUUGCCUUUCCGGAUUAACAUUAAGUCAUUAAGCACUUAGCUGCCUCUUAUUUUAAACAAUAAAAUAAGUGAAAUGGAAAGGCCAAAUGGAAAGGCCAACUUAGUCAGCCGCCAAUCGAGAAUCCAAGGGAAAAGACGGGGGAAACGGUGAGCGGGAGACUUAGGGUAAUACCAGCUGGCACAUUAAACGUAUCGCCAUUAA